CCUCUCUCAGUGAAGCACAUGCUAGCGACGGUAGAAACGAAGUUUGAAAAGCUCAUAAACAAGCUGUGUUUGUUGUAAAACGUUUGGGCCUUGGAAAACUUUCGUCUUUAGCGCUUGAGUGAAAGUUGAAGAUGUCCUACAUAAUGCAGACCGAGGCAGCAAGGAAAGAAAUACCCCCAAAUGGAAUCAACACCUUUCUGAGAGAAUUUCAAAAAGUGCAAAAUUCCUGAUGCUUACAUACGGAAAAAAUGAAUGCAGCUUGGAAAAGUUAAUACCUAAAUGGGGAUCGCAUCACCAUCGUUGCAUCAAGGACAGUUCUGGUCAUGCAGGAGUCAGAUCAGUCUUUCCAGUGGGAGAGCGCAAGAGACUCCCAGUGGCUUCUAAUGGGAGGGUCACUGAGUUCCAGCCCCUCUGUGCCUGUCUGCUGGUGCGUCUGUCCUUGCAGCUGUGCGCCACACGCACCAUGGCUCUGUGCGCAAGUAGCACACUCCUGGCGCUCCUUGUCGCUUUCUGCACACCAGGACGUGGAUGGACAGCAGAGAAGCCCUUGCGGUCACAUAAUGGGAAGCCGACUUCAAUGGAUAAGAGCCCGCGAGAGAGCUGGGAGCCUUCAAUUCUUCUGGAUGGAAGACCUGUGGACCGCUUUGUGGUCAGCUCCAACAAACCAAUGAGAACUCACCGCUACACUAGAGUGGGCAAGGAGAGCCGCUCUCACCUAGUGGAGGAUGUAGAUCCCGAAUGGGUAAACCUUGACGGCUUUGCUGUGCUGAGCGCCGCACCUGUCAGCAACUCAUCAACAGGCCCAGUCAGGUCGACAUAUACUGCAGCCAGGAAUCAGACCUUUCUGAAGCGUGCUAACAGAGUGAACAGAACAGCUCACCGUCCGGGUGCCUCUAACCCUAGGACAUACAGGAGGAGGGCCCCGCAGUCCUCCUCUGGACCUCGGCCACCUGAGAGAUUUCUGACAAGGACAACUUUACUGGAGAGGAGAAACCAGCACCAUAUCAAACCUCAGUCUGACCAGAGGAACCGUAACUUGCCCAAAUUAACAUCUGAGUCCGUUCAUGUGGUGUCACUGCAGGCACAGAAAGCCCUGGGCCAGAGCGCUCCUGCUAACAGAGUGGCAACCAAAUUAACCACACCAGAACCUCCUGAGUAUGAAGCUAAGGACAUCAGUGUCAGGGUCAUGUCUCCUAAAUCAGUCCUCAUCUCCUGGGUUGACCCUGCUGUGGAAAUGGGGAAGGUUGAGUCCAGUGAACUCAGGUCCUACACAAUCAGAUACAGAGAGAAGGGAGAGUCAGCACGCUGGGAGUACAGGGACAGCACCCAGAGGAGACUGAUGAUAGACACCCUGUAUGCUGAUAGCAUGUAUGAGUUCUCCGUCAGAAUCUCUCAGGGGGAAAAUGAGGGCAAGUGGAGCGUAUCUGUCUUUCAGAGGACCCCUGAGUCAGCACCAUCUGGGCCACCGGAGAACUUUGAGGUCAAACCACUACGGGGGAAAGGGACUGCUGUGACAGCCACAUGGGAUCCUCCUGAAGAAACCAAUGGGAGGAUUCGAGAGUACAUCCUUUCUUAUGCCCCUGCACUGAAGCCAUUUGGAAUGAAAAGUAUGACGUAUCGCGGCAGCACAACCUCAGCUACUAUAGAUGGUCUAACACCUGGAGAUCGGUACAUCUUUAAGAUCAGAGCCACCAACAGGAGGGGACAAGGACCACAAAGCAAAGCCUUCAGCGUUGUCAUGCCAGGAUCCAGCAGUGCUGUUUCAUCAUUCUCAAGAACCAAGGCCAGCCAGAGGACGAGUCACAAGCCUUCCAAAUAUGAUGUCUCCCAUGACAAAUCAGACCUCCAGUCAACAGAGGAACCAGAAGAACCAACCACACCCAGUCAGCCACACAACUCUGCCCCCAUUUCUAGACGGCUGCGGCCACUUUCUCAGACUCGUUCCUAUCACAGUAUCUUCUCCUCUGUAAGAAGUUCAGUCAGGGGUGGAGCAAACAGAGACAGAACCUCAGAUAGAGACGAUGAGGAUGAAGAUGACGAGGUGACAACCUUGCCUCCAGAAGAAGAGAUGACAACCAUGGCGUUGGAGACAAAAGAACCAUAUAAUGAAGUUUCCCCUGAAUCUGAAGACGAAAUUGACAGUGAAAUGAAUGGGCCCCCAACUCCUGAGACCCCCAGCCUCAAAGUUGUUACACUCUCACCAACUAAACCUGCUUUAUCACAGCAAAGAAAACCUAUGAAGAUUAAGGUCCAUCAAAGAGGAGUAGCCCAUACUGGUUCCUCCUCAUCCGCCUCUUCAUCCUCUUCACUGCAGUUUCCACCAAAAUCACCAUCUUCACCUUCUAAUACAGAAUCAGAAGCCAAUAAAAAGAAUAUAGCUUCUACUUAUCACCAGAGCAAAGACAUUUACAAUAAACCCAGUAUAACAGAUAGCAAACCUACCAUUACAGUUAUAAAGGAGAACACCCCACAGCCUCAAACAGAGGACAGAGCUGUGGGUAAGGUUUCUACUUCAUCUGGCCGAACCAGUGGGUCAGGCCUUGGUGGUAGGUAUGGCUAUGGCAGAAGGAAUUUGGGACUUCCUUUUAGGGGAAAUUCAACCAGAAUGAUGAAUGGUUACAGACCCAGCACAACAUUAUUGUCACGUUUGCCGAGCAGAAUUCAGCAUCAAGCAACAUCUCAGUUCACCUUACCAGAUCAGUCUCACAGCCAACAAACAUCGGAUGUAGAGAACAAAAACAAAGCGCUAUCAGACCCAUCCACUUCAGAGAAAUCGCAGUUAACAUCAACAUCUACAUCAAAUAGUGCAGAUGCAAGCAGCAGGAAUACUGACCCUUCUAUGUCACAGAGCACCUCACGUCAACCACACUCAACUCCAAAUAGAGGAUCUCAAAGCUCUUCAUAUAACCCAGAAAAUUCAAGCAUUUCAAACACGUCACCAAACAAAGAGGUGGAGGCAACCGAAGUUGAAGACCCUACUUUAAGCUACAAAGAAGAGCCCACAGAAGAGGCUAAAAAGGAGGAGAGUCCUUCUGAAAAAGAUCCUCGUACACGAACUCGUCCUUCUCUUGCCGAAAGAUUUAACUUUCCAGGCAGGUCUGGUUUAGGGACGAGACUGUCCUCUUCCAGACCAGGUGGCAGGACCCACUUGAGCAGAGUUUCAUCGUCCAUUGGGGCUGGCAGACCCAUUCUGAGGAUACCCACAAGGGACUCAGGGACCACAGCCUCUGCUGGAGCGUCCUCAGUGCAGGAGACUAGCGAAGAUCCGACAGCUACAUCCACUCGUGACACACUAAAGAAUGAGAUGGAGGUGGAUUCCUUUAAGCCCUCAUUGACCAGUAAAAAUGCAGACUACAGUGACUCAAGAAAUCCAACUCCCCCAUCUCCUUCAUCCUCUGCAAGAUCUUCCAACUCUGAGUCUCGCCAUUCUGUAAGUGAGCCCAUACACAAAGGAACUUCUUCUGACAACAAUAAUUAUAAUAAACACUAUCUUGAUAAGAAUGACAGUGGGAUAAAUACACAUGUUGCUGAACCUUCACAGGGCCAAAAGCAUCCCGUCAUAACAUCAGCUGAUACCCACAGGAACACAGAGGAGAAUGAGAGUGUAGCAACAAGAGAAACUGGCUCAUCUUCUGUGGUCCCUCCAUCUUACCGUCGUCCUAAUAUUGGAGUAAACGGAAGGAUACGCUCCCCUCUUUUGGCAACAAGGCAGUUUGGUGGAUCAAGACUUCCCACCAGAUCACAACAAGCACACAACUCCAGACCGGGUUCUUCAACAUCGGGUUCCUCCUCAUCCUCUACCUCAUCUUCAUCAACUUUAGUCAGACCGGCAUUAACCACAGACCGCAAUGCCAGCAGGGUCAGUACUCUAACAAGGACUGGCGCACUGACAGAGUCCCAGUCUUUGUCACCAUCUUCAUCUCGAGACAGUUUCAGAAGCCAGGGGAGUAGAAGUCGCCAUGAUAUCCUCAGAGGGAAAACACCCAAUGGAGGAGCUCUUAUGCCUGCCAAUGGAAAUGGUAAAAAUGAACAACCAAAUCUGACAGCAAAGGAUAAAGAGCCCUCCAGUCAUGGAACCAGCAAGGCAGUCGGUCAACGGUUGAUUACUGGGCCCGAUGGGAACAAAUGGAUGGUAGAUUUGGAGUUGGGCAUUCUGAUGAACCAGGAUGGACAAGUCUUGCAAGAUUCUCAAGGCAAACCGAAGAGAGUUGUGCUUGGCGAGGAUGGACGCACCAUUUUUGACCACUUGGGAAGCCCCUUGCUUAACCAGGAAGGCAUGGCUUUGUUUGGUCACGGUCGAGAUAGUCGCCCUGUGGUCAACCCCAAAGAGAAGAUCCUUAUGGUUGGAGGAAAGCCGCUGCUUGGCUUGGACUUGCCUCGCCUCAGGACCACCACUACCACCACCACUAGAAUUCCCACCACUACGCCUGAACCCACCACAGCUGAAUGGACUACAGAAGAGUAUACCACUGAAGAGCCCUAUCCUACAUGUCCACCCGGAACCUUCUCCAAAACAGAUGACUAUGGCGAUCCAAUGUUUGACUCAGAGGGAAUAUUAAACUGUUACCCAGAAGAUGAGUUUUUGGUCCAGACCACCCUGCCACCACCUACCACAACGACACCCCCAACAACAACCACCACCAGCCCCACCACAGCAAUCCCAACUCCAGAGCCUGAACCCACACAGUCUGGACGAGGGCCUUCUUCUGAGUUUGAUCUCAGUGGGAGGAGGCGAUUCACAGCUCCUUAUGUGAACUACAUCCAAAAGGACCCAGGAGCUCCGUGCUCCCUGACAGAGGCUCUGGAGUACCUCCAAGUCGACAUCCUAGAAGAUCUAAUCAAGAAUGACAGUCUCUCCACCAAUCAGAAGCAGCCUCCCAAAAACAAGCCCCAUAAUCUCACUGUGGUUGCCAUGGAGGGAUGCCAUUCAUUUAUCAUCCUGGACUGGGGCCGCCCAUUGAAGGAUGAUAUGGUUUCAGGCUACAUGGUGCACAGCGCUUCAUAUGACGACGUGCUCAACAAUAGAUGGUCUACUAAAGCCUCCAGUGGGACACAUCUGGCUGUGGAGAAUCUCAAACCCAACUCCAGGUACUACUUCAAAGUCCAGGCCAAGAAUGUGUUUGGGUUGGGACCAGUCAGCGAUACACUCACGUAUGUCACUGAAUCAGAUGAUCCUCUUCUCAUCGAAAGACCGCCUGGCGGAGAACCUAUAUGGAUCCCCUUUUCUUUCCGAUAUAACUCCGCCCACAGCUCCUGUAAGGGCAGCCAGUACGUCAAGCGGACAUGGUACAGGAAGUUUGUGGGCGUAGUUUUGUGCAACUCUCUGCGAUAUAAGAUCUUCAUGGGAGACGGUCUUAGAGAGCCCUUCUACAGCAUAGGAGAUACAUUUGGACAAGGAGAGGACCAUUGCCAGUUUGUAGACUCGUACAGGGACGGCAGGACUGGUCCCGCAUAUCUCUCAAGUACUUUGCCUUCAGCUCAAGGAUAUUAUCGUGCCUACAGACAGCAGCCCGUCACAUUUGGAGUUAUUGGCAGAAGAACAUCUCACCCAUUCGUAGGUUGGUAUGAAUGUGGGGUGCCUAUCCCUGGCAAGUGGUAACACGGGGGAGGGACACUGCCAGCAACCACACACGACAAAAAAGACUUUUGCCUACCACAACACAAAAACCCAUCACUUCAAAGGGUCACUGACAUGAUUUAUCAACUUCGCUUAAAUAUGUUCUACUGUAUAUUGUUUGUAAUUAUGUUCUACGUUGUUCAUUUUUUGAAGUAAAUUCGUAACAUUUACAUUUAUGGUAUGUGGUAGGAGAAAUGUUCACUUCGUAGCGGGUGAAAUGUUCACUGACCGCCGCAGAAAAGGGCUGUUUCCGGAAGUGAUGUCGGAGAAGGCGCAGCUCUCAUCUUAGGUAGAGUAAACAAACAUGACAGGAUGGAUGAGAUAGAAGAUGUUUACAGUGAUUAUAGCACAGAUUUGAGCGAUGUGCCAAGAGUUUUCGAGGUGGAAGAAAGAACUGGAGAUGAAAUAGAGAACUUGCAGAACAUGCAAUUAAGUCGUAUUUAUUUGAACCACCGACGAUGGGACUAUACUGUAUGUCUGAUGUGGAGGUGUCCGAUGACAAAAACAUGCAGAUGAAAAUUGGUCGCCUUCAAACACAAAAUGGUAAGCGUAAAUUACCUUGGAGUUGGUUAUCCUUCAAUUAUUGUUUUAAAUCGGCUUCUUAAUGAGUGUAAAGGGCUCUUUGGAGCCUUGGUUAUUGUGUAGUUAGUCCCCGCCCCCACUGUGAACAUAUCGCUGUGUAUAAUGCUUUGAAUAUUUGUCGCUAUGGUAGCACAGUGUUUAGAAUACUUAUUUAAAUAAGACACGACUUACUGUGUUCUGUGGCAACUUUAACGCCAUUCUCCUCCUUUUGUCCUGUGUAGCAUAGCAUCAGCAUAGCAUUAGGAAUAGCAAAAUGCGUUUAUACCGUAUUUUCAAGCCAAAUGCGUCUUGUAAAGGGGUUUCUUCAUAGCAAUCUUCAGUGAAAUGAACGCGAGGUGGUGGUCCAUUUGUCCCUUCACUGACUUGCUUCAUUCACUGUAGUCUUAAGCCUCCAUCUUUUGGAAAAGAAAACAAACUUACAGUAUCGCUUGGGCACUGUGAACAGCCAGUGGCAACACAACAUUUUGGCACGACUACUCUUUUGAAGAAAAACUAUACCGAACGAAGUUGACGAGCUGCCUCUGGGAGGGUUUGAUUACUAGGCGUAAGCUGAGAGCUGCGACUUUGCCAGCGUCACUUGGGAAACGCCCCUUUUCUAAGGAGCUGAGACCAAAAGGGCACCCGCCCCGUACAAAAAUGUCGUUUUUACGAAUUUAACAUUUUAAUGUAGAACAUAAUUACAAACAAUAUAGAACAUAUUUAAGCAAAGUUGAAAAAUCAUGUCAGUGACCCUUUAAUCCCAUUUCAGCUUCACAUGAAAAGAACAUAAUACUUUUAUACAAGCAAGUGUAUCUUUGCAGUGUACUUUUUUAUUAACAUAAAGCAGUCUGUAUAUCAGGGGAAAAAGCAUGUGUGUUCUUGCUUUGUAUAAUUCUUGUCAGCCAAGCACCCAAACAACAGGUCCAUACGCAAUAUUAUUUAUCUCAUCAAAGCACAUUCAUAAUAAUAGGCAAUUAACUUGUGUAUAGGUUUGUUAAUUUUCAGUCUGAAAAUUGCUAUAUUGUUUAUUAUUAGCUUCUGACAGCUACUUUAUUUUUACUACCAUGUUACUGUGUAUGUUUUUUAUGUAUGCAGACCACAUAACUGCUCAGGAGAUUGAAUAAAGGGGUCUUGGAAACCACAGCAAUGAAAGAUCAGCGUCAUCUGACACCUUUCUUUAAUUUGUAUUUACUUAAUCAGAGCUUGAUCAAGUUCUACUUGAUAAAUCCAGCGGGAGAUAUGAGUCAUAACAUUUUCUUUAGCCAACUGGAGCAGUUAAAAUUCCAACUAAACAUCCAAAGCAACAUAUUGUGCGCAGAUGCACGUGAGCAAGAAAAAUCUCACCCUGCAGGACAAAAUGUCUUUAUUUUUUACCCAAACCGGGAUAAAAU